AUGUAUCGUUAUUCAUUGAUUCGACAUUAUCGAUUAUUCUCAUUUGUUGUUGCUCGGUUUUCGAGUAAUCAAUUGAAAAAUUUCGAGCAAAAGACAUUUGAUUAUUUCUAUACACGUCGUCUGAAAUUAUUCAAUGGAAAUCAACAGCAAAUGUCCAAUCAUUUACAUUCACAACUUCAAUCAUUACUGAGAACUUCAUCGAUUAACAAUCAAUUGAUUCAUCUGAAUUCAACAAAAGAUUUUACAGAAAAUCUAUCCAUUGAACAACUAAACGAUCUGCUAUUUUUCGCUUAUGAACAUCAAAUUAAACUCGAUCUGUUGACAAAGCGUUUAAUCGAAUGCGUCGAUCCUAUCCAUAAACAAUUUUCACCGCAUCUAUUCGUCGAACUUGUCAAUCUUCUCGUUCUUCAUCAACAAAAGUACUACGAUUAUCAAACUAAAGUUCCAAACAAAACUCUCGAAAAUUUCCUACAAACAUUCGAACUCAAUUUGACUAUCGAGCAGAUCAAAAACAUUCCUCUAGCUGAACUGAGUCUUCUCUGUUCAGCAAUGUAUCGUUUACAAAUGUCUCUGAAAAAUCGCCAACUACUCCAAUCGAUCGGUGAAUGUUUAAUCGAAGAUGAGACGAAGAAGAAUCUUUCUGCUGUUGAUAAACAAAAUUUUAUCAAAAUUUUAACAUUAUCCAAUUACGGAAAGAUCGAAAUAGCUGAUGCUCUCGCCAAUCGAUUUAAUCAAUCAUUCGAACAACAUCUUCAAUCGAAUUUAAAAUCUUUAAGUUAUGAAAUCGUUCGAAUGACUAUGCGAAUUGGACUUUAUUUUUCGAUGCUUCGAUUUUAUUCCGAACGGUUCUUUGCUAAUUGUUUGAAAUUAAUAGAAUUAGAAGCAAGAACAUCAACACCAUCCUAUCGAGCAAAGGAUACAAUACAAAUCAUGAACAUGUUGAUUUUUAUGGGUUAUACGAAGACAUAUGAUAAGAAUUACAUGCACUUGAUUAAGACAUACGAUCAGAUGAAUCAUUUCGAAGGAAAACCCGAUCGAUUGUUGGAUGUACUUGCACCAUUGGCGAUGGUUGGACAUUUUCCAGAGGAUUUAUUGCAAAGAUUGUUUACGAAAGAUAAUUUGAGCCGACUGAAAGAUUCUCGAAUGAAAGAAAAGUUAUUUUUUGUUUCUCAAUCACAAAAACUUCUCUGUUCGCCAUCGAGAACACUACUUGAUCGGGAUUACCUGAAGUCAUUACCACAUCAUCUCUACGGUUCUUGGUCAAUAGAAAAACGGAAACGUCCAUACUUCUCCACUUUGGUAGAACGAUUGAUGGAAUGUGUCCCUAAUCGUUCGGAUGUGAAAAGUGCCUUCCUUUUAAAACAUUUCAAGAGUCCUGAUAUUAUCGUUUGUUCGAAUGACAAUGCAGAUAGAUACGCAUUAGAAGUACUCAGUGAAGAGGAAAUCUGUGCGAAUGAACCAUUUCGACCAUUGGGCUUAGUUCAAUCUAAACUACGUCAAUUGCAAGAAUUGAAAUAUAUACCUGUGAUUAUCUAUCCAAAUGAUACUUUAUAUGAGAUCAAAACAGUUAGAGAAGUAUUUGAAUGGAUUCGACGUCGUGCUGAAAGUACAGAAGCAUCGCUGAGUGAGAGUUAUUAG